UCUCUCUCUCUCUCUCUUACCACCCCCCCCCACCCCCCGCUUUCCACCUCUUCCAAAAUAAUCCAAGAUCAACUCUGUUGCAAACAACAGAAAGACGGUUCAUGGCUCAAGCGACAGUUCCACCAUCUUUCAAGCUGCUCCGGUUAUUAUUAUUAUUAUUACUGCUGAUUAAUCAACAGAUGUGCAGAUCAGCUCUCAAAAUGUCUUCUGUGUCUUCCGUGUACCUCCUAAGCCAGUUGCGUUAGCCCUCCUGCUAGCUGACUAAUAGAAUUAAUAACUGUAAAAGCAAAAAAACAAAAAAGCAUUCUAGAGCCACAUGCCUUAUGAAGUCAAUGCUGGGUAUGAUUUUAAAAAUAUGGUCCGGAAAAAGAACCCCCCUCUAAGAAACGUUGCUAGUGAAGGUGAACCCGAGACCCUCAAGUCGCCGGGUCCUGAAAGUGACACUAUUGAAAGGCAACGAGAAUUUUCUGCCGGUCAGAUGCAAGGAAACGCUGAGCAGAGCGAGGCUGCGGAGCAAACUGACAAGGAGGGGUUUUGCACGCAUGUCCCAGAGUCAUCUCCCAGCACUAAAAAGGACUUUAAAAGCUCCGCAACAAGCGAAAAGGCUGGCUUUAAUUAUGAAAGCCACAAUAAGGGAGGAAAUGUUCCAUCCUUCCCUCAUGAUGAGGUGACAGACAGAAAUAUGCAGGGCUUCUCAUCUCCAGCUGUUGGGGGAAUCUCAGAGUCCUUGAAGUCUCCUCUCAGAUCAGAUGCAGAUGACACCCAAGAUGUGAUCUGCACCCCGCCAGGAGAUCUGUCGGAGAAAAGCGAUGAACAUCGCACAUCACCAAAAUCUAUGGACGAAACAGUGCAUGUGCAAAGUGGUCAAGCCGAGGGCCGGGGUUCGAGCCCGGGUUCGGUGGCCUCAAAAAACCCACAAGUGCCUUCAGAUGGGGACGCAAGGCCAAGCAAAUUGAAAACAGAUUUGUUGGCAAAUGAGAACCCCGAUAUGGCGCCUCUGUCUCCAGAGCUUCAGGACUUCAAAUGCAACAUCUGUGGCUAUGGUUACUAUGGGAACGACCCCACAGAUCUCAUCAAACACUUCCGCAAGUACCACCUCGGGCUGCACAACCGCACCAGGCAGGAUGCUGAGCUUGACACUAAAAUUUUGGCUCUCCACAACAUGGUGCAGUUCAGCCACUCCAAAGACUUCCAGAAAGUCAAUUGUUCUGUGCUGUCAGGGGUCCUGCAGGAUAUCAAUUCCCAAAGGCCUGUCCUGCUAAACGGGACUUACGAUGUGCAGGUGACUUUAGGUGGGACCUUUAUUGGCAUUGGACGCAAAACUCCAGAUUGCCAGGGGAACACCAAGUAUUUCCGCUGCAAGUUCUGCAAUUUCACCUACAUGGGCAAUUCAUCGACAGAGCUGGAGCAACACUUCUUGCAGACCCACCCAAACAAGAUAAAAUCCACCGUUCCUGCCUCUGAAUCCAGCAAAGCCUCAGACAGGAACUCAAGCAAAUCCAGCCCUACUGUUCGAUCAUGUGAGGCUGCAGAUUUGGGGAAGUGGCAGGACAAGAUCACCAUAAAAGCAGGAGAUGACACUCCCGUUGGUUAUUCAGUUCCCAUCAAACCUCUCGAAUCCUCAAGACAAAACGGUACGGAUGCCUCCAGUUACUACUGGUGCAAAUUCUGCAGCUUUAGUUGUGAAUCAUCCAGCUCGCUGAAACUGUUAGAACAUUACAGCAAGCACCAUGGGGGGAGCCAGGCAGGGGGCCCUCACCCAGAUCGGAAUGACAAGCUCUCGAGGGGGUCGGUCAUUAAUCAUAAUGACUUAGCCAAAAAUUCAGAUGGAGAGUUAGCAACAAAGACUGAGAAGGGCUCUAGCGUGGCCAAAAAGAAAGACUUUUCCAGCUCAGGAGUGGAGGACAACAUGGUGACAAGCUACAAUUGUCAGUUUUGUGAUUUUAGAUACUCUAAGAGCCAUGGCCCAGAUGUAAUAGUGGUGGGGCCUCUUCUUCGUCAUUAUCAGCAGCUACACAACAUUCACAAGUGUACCAUUAAGCACUGUCAGUUUUGUCCCCGAGGCCUCUGUAGUCCAGAAAAGCACCUUGGAGAAAUUACUUAUCCUUUUGCUUGCAGGAAAAGUAAUUGUUCCCACUGUGCUCUCUUGCUCUUGCACUUGUCCCCUGGGAUGCCAGGAGGCUCCAGAGUCAAGCACCAGUGUCACCAGUGCUCUUUCUCCACCCCCGAUGUAGACGUUCUCCUGCUUCACUAUGAAACCACACAUGAAGCCCAGGCGACUGAAGUCAAGCAAGAAGCUAAUGCCCCGCAAGGGUUGGAUGGGCUGCUGAGUGUCAAAGAAAGCAAAGACCACACGUGCACCAAAUGUGACUUUGUCACUCAGGUAGAAGAGGAGAUUUCUCGACACUACAGGAGAGUCCAUAACUGUUACAAAUGUCGUCAGUGCAGCUUUACAGCUGUUGAUACUCAAACCCUACUGGAGCACUUCAACACUGUGCACUGCCAAGAGGUGGACAUCACCACAGCCAAUGGGGAAGAUAGCCAUGGGGUGGCUGCUGCUCUCAAGGAAGAGGCCAAAAUUGACCUGAAGGUCUAUAGCCUGAUCAGUGCAGACCCCAAACUGGGAGAGCCCGUCUCUGAAAGUAUAGUGAAGAGGGAAAAGCUGGACGAGAAGGAAGUACUGAAGGAGAAAUGUUGGCCUGAUGGGUCCAGUGAUGAUCAUCGUGGUGCACCUUGGAGAGGAGUGGACAUUUUGAGGGGGAGCCCUUCCUUUACCCAAACAAGCUUGGGCCUUCUGACCACAGUGUCUGUGGGCCAAGAGCAGCCAAAGCCCUUAAGGGAUAGUCCAAACGUAGAAGCUGCCCAUCUUGCACGGCCUGUUUAUGGCUUGCCUGUCGAGACCAAGGGGUUCCUGCAAGGGGUGCCCCAAGGAAGCGGAGAGAAAGCUGGACCACUCCCUCAGCCAUAUCCUGGAUCUGGUGAUAACAAGGCGAAGGAUGAAUCCCAGUCCCUCCUACGGAGACGUAGAGGCUCAGGAGUUUUCUGUGCCAAUUGCCUGACCACAAAGACCUCUCUCUGGCGAAAGAAUGCAAAUGGAGGAUAUGUAUGCAACGCGUGUGGUCUCUACCAGAAGCUUCACUCGACUCCCAGGCCUUUAAACAUCAUUAAGCAGAACAACGGUGAGCAGAUCAUUAGGAGACGAACGAGAAAGCGCCUUAACCCGGAGGCACUGCAGGCUGAGCAGCUAAACAAACAGCAGAGAGGGAACAGUGAGGAACAAGUCAACGGCAGCCCGUUAGAUAGGAGGUCAGAGGAUCAUAUAACAGAAGGUCACCAGAGAGAAAUCCAGCUUCCCAGCCUGAGUAAAUAUGAAGCCCAGGGCUCAUUGACUAAAAGCCAUUCUGCUCCGCAGUCAAUAUUGGUCAGCCAAACUCUGGAUAUUCACAAAAGGAUGCAACCUUUGCACAUUCAGAUAAAAAGUCCUCAGGAAAGUACCGGAGACCCAGGCAAUAGUUCCUCUAUAUCAGAAGGAAAAGGAAGCUCAGAGAGAGGCAGUCCAAUAGAGAAAUACAUGAGACCUGCUAAGCAUCCGAACUAUUCUCCACCCGGAAGCCCCAUUGAAAAGUACCAGUACCCACUCUUUGGGCUUCCAUUUGUACACAAUGACUUUCAAAGUGAAGCUGAUUGGCUGAGAUUCUGGAGUAAAUAUAAGCUGUCCGUUCCCGGGAAUCCACACUACUUGAGUCAUGUGCCUGGCCUACCAAAUCCUUGCCAAAACUAUGUGCCUUAUCCCACCUUUAAUCUGCCUCCUCAUUUUUCAGCUGUCGGAUCUGAUAAUGACAUUCCUCUAGAUUUGGCGAUAAAACAUUCCAGACCUGGGCCAACUGCAAAUGGUGCCUCCAAGGAGAAAGCUAAGGCACCGCCAAAUGUAAAAAAUGAAGGUCCCUUGAAUGUAGUCAAAACGGAGAAAGUUGACCGAAGUACUCAAGAUGAGCUGUCAACCAAGUGUGUGCACUGUGGCAUUGUCUUUCUGGAUGAAGUGAUGUAUGCCUUGCAUAUGAGUUGCCAUGGUGACAGUGGACCUUUUCAGUGCAGCAUAUGCCAAUAUUUUUGCACGGACAAGUAUGACUUCACAACUCACAUCCAGAGGGGCCUACACAGGAACAAUGCACAAGCUGAAACGAAUGGCAAAUCUAAAGAGUAAAGAUAAAUAAAAUAAAAUAAACCUUAGCACUUAGCACAAUUAAACAGAAAUAGGUUUCCUUGAUGGGAAUUCAAUAGCUUGUAAUGUCUUAUUAAGCACUUCAUAUAGCAAGCAUGCCUUAUCCAGUAUACAAUCCUUCGUUCUUUUCUCUUCCCUCCUUUUCCUUCCUCUAGACAAAAAAAAAAGUUACCAAGAAGGAAAAGCAAAAUGGAUGGCAGCUGGAAUUGGGGGUUAAGGGAUAUUUACUUGGGACCCGUCCACCAAAACUAUACAGAAGACACUAUAUCAGGGCAAGUCUCUUCAGGGGGGGGGGGGGACCCUAAUCAGACAACUAAUGCUUUUCGUUCUUGUAGCUGGCUAGAAUGCAAAGAUGUAUAAUGCAGGUGUACAGUAACAUAUGCACACUGUAUAGCAAAAUGGACUUGUUAAAUAAACUGAUGUCCAGAAA